CAGAGAGACAGAGAGAGAGAGAGAGAGAGAGAGAGACACUGAAGUCACAGCAGCCGACUUGAACACUUCCUUAACCACCAUUGAAGACUUUUGCAGUCAAUUCUUCGGGACAAAACUGUGGUUUGAAAAAAAAAAACCGAACCGGCGACCAAAAAAAAAAACCCCCCUUGCGACGAACAAGACGCUUUCCGGAUCAGCGGAAGAGGUGAGGAGUCACCAUGGCACCCUUCCUCCGUAUCGCCUUCAAUGCCUAUGACGUUGGCGUUCUGCCUCCGCUAUCUGAACCUCCCAUCUGCGCCAUCAAGAUGAAGGAGUCUGUCAACACAGAGCGAGGCAAGACCUUGGUCCAGAGGAAGCCCACCAUGUAUCCAGCCUGGAAGUCCACUUUUGAUGCUCACAUCUAUGAGGGGCGUGUCAUAGAAGUGGUCCUCAUGCGGAGUGCUGAGGAGCCAUUGGCCAAGGCCACGGUUGGAGUCUCUGUAUUGGCAGAACGCUGUAAGAAGUCCAAGACCAGCGGCCGUGCUGAGUUCUGGGUGGACCUGCAUCCUUCAGGGAAGGUCCAGAUGGCUGUACAGUUCUUCCUGGAGGACACUGAUGCAGGGACGUGUCAACCAUCAGUGAAGGCUUCUUGCGAGGAUGGAGUCACGACCCUCAACAGGAGGAGAGGAGCUUUCAAGCAGCCCAAAAUUCACUUCAUCAAGAACCACGAGUUUGCCGCCACCUUCUUCGGCCAGCCCACCUUCUGCUCUGUCUGCAGAGAGUUUGUCUGGGGGCUCAACAAGCAAGGUUACAAGUGCAGACAAUGCAAUGCGGCAAUCCACAAGAGAUGCAUCGAAAAGAUCAUCGGCAGGUGCACUGGGACAGCAGCAAACAGUCGGGACACUGUGUUCCAGAAAGAGCGCUUCAAGAUUGAUAUGCCGCAUCGCUUCAAGCACUAUAACUAUAAGAGCCCCACUUUCUGUGACCACUGUGGCAGUCUGCUCUGGGGUCUCUACAAACAGGGCCUUAAAUGUGAAGACUGUGGCAUGAACGUACAUAGCAACUGUCAGAAAAAAGUGGCCAAUCUGUGUGGAAUCAACCAGAAACUACUGGCAGAGGCUCUGUCUCAAAUCAGCCAGAAAUCUAUCAAGAAGUCUGAUGACUCCAAUGCAGAAGACAUUGGGAUCUAUCAAGACAUCAAUAAUGCAACAGCAGACCCUAGUGCAGACAACGGGGCACGUGAGCACUUGGGCGCGGGCUCAGCCACACCUACAGUUCCCCGGGUUCGCCUCAACAUGAACCACCUGGUAUUCCAAAAGGUCCUGGGAAAAGGCAGCUUUGGAAAGGUGCUGCUGGCAGAGCUGAAAGGCCAGGGCCAGUUCUUUGCUGUGAAGGUCCUGAAGAAGGAUGUCGUUCUCAUGGAUGACGAUGUGGAGUGCACCAUGGUGGAGAAGAGAGUCCUGGCCCUCGCCUGGGAGAACCCCUUCCUCACACACCUCUACUCCACAUUCCAGUCUAAAGAGCACCUCUUCUUUGUAAUGGAGUACCUGAAUGGAGGCGACUUGAUGUUCCACAUCCAAGACAAAGGCCGUUUCGAUCUCAACAGAGCCACAUUUUACGGCUCUGAGAUAAUCGUGGGACUGCAGUUCCUCCACUCAAAAGGAAUAAUCUACAGAGAUCUGAAGCUGGACAAUGUGAUGCUGAACAAGGACGGACACAUCAAGAUAGCUGACUUUGGCAUGUGCAAAGAGAAAGUGUUUGGAGACGCCAGAGCCACCACAUUUUGUGGGACACCAGACUAUAUCGCACCAGAGAUCCUGCUGGGACAGAAGUACACCUUCUCAGUAGACUGGUGGUCUUUCGGUGUGCUGGUGUACGAGAUGCUGAUCGGUCAGUCGCCUUUCCAAGGCGACGAUGAGGAUGAGCUGUUUGAGUCCAUCAGGUCGGACACCCCUCACUACCCUCGGUGGAUCACCAAGGAGGCCAAGAACCUCAUCGAACUGUUGUUUGAGCGAGAUCCCAGUCGCAGGUUGGGUGUGGUGGGCGACAUCCGUGCCCAUCCGUUCUUCAAAACCAUCAACUGGCCAGCACUGGAGAAGAGAGAAGUGGACCCUCCUUUUAAGCCCAAAGUGAAAUCCCCCAGUGACUGCAGCAACUUUGACCGAGAGUUCCUGAGUGAGAAGCCGCGGCUCUCCCACGCAGACAAGAACCUCAUCGACUCCAUGGACCAGGCAGCGUUCGCUGGCUUUUCCUUCAUCAACCCCACACUGGAAAACAUGAUCAGCAAAUGAAAAACUAAAUGGCUCCUUUGGGAACAUGGUCUUAGCCCUGGACUUGGAAAUAGGCUCUAAAUCCAACUGGAUGGAUGACAUUAAAUGAAAAGAUUUGUACUUGACUAGGACUAAUUAAGUUCCUCUAUCAGAGGACGAGAGAUAAAGUGAAACGAGUAUGUUGGGUGGCGUCUAAAAUAAUAAUCUUGUCUCAGCUGUCAAACUGUAUAGGUGUAUAAAAGAAUAUAGAGAUCCAGGAGAUUAAGGGAGAUUCUUCUAAUCAAUGCUGGGGGGGAUAGUCAAUAAUGCAUUCUGUCUUUUCUUACUUUUCUGUCAUUUUUUUCCUCGUGAUGACACCUCGAAUCUAAACAAAUCAUCAAAUGUACUGUAUUUGAAUUCACAGGAUUUAGAUCGCUCUGAAUGGAAGUGAUGUUAUUGCAGAACUGAAUAAGUUCCUCCAUCACUUACUGCUUACUUAAGCACAUCCAUCUUGGAGUCUCACAUAACCUGAAAAGCGUGAAUCUGUUUUAAAUUUUUCACAGAUUUUGUCAAGUAUUUUAAUAUGCCAUUGGUGUCAAAAAACACUUGCUGAACAUUAAACUGAAGCGUCCUGCAAACAAUCACUCUGCACAUAAUAUUGAUUUUUCUGGGCUGUCAUCCCUUAUUGGAAAAGCAAUGGUAUGGUACUUAACCUGUAUUUGUGUUGAAGGAUGUGUUAUUUUGUGUGGGAGGUAUGGGCAUUCCACUGUAAGCAUUGGGUCUUUAAAAUGUGUUAUGUUACCUAAAUGUAGGGAUUUUGACAUGAAAAUAAUAGUGCUGUAUAUGUUUAUUGACAUUCCAAUGAGCUGCCUGUGAGUUAUGGGUGUACUUUUUUUACUCAUCUUUUACAUCUGAUUAUAAAUAAAUACAUUGUAAAA